UUGAUUCACGCUAGGAGUUUACGUACCGGUGACAAGCUGCGCUCAGAAAUGAACGCAAUGACAUAAACGAGCCCCAGGAACUACCCAAGUCAAACACAAAAACCUGCCACACUGAGAAAUUCAACAUGGUUUUAGAAACUAUUUCACGGAUAAUAAAAGUCCAGCUUCCAGCCUACCUCAAGAAGCUUCCGCUUCCGGAGACAAUCGGCGGUUUUGCGAGGUUAACAGUGUCUGAGUGGCUCAGGCUGCUGCCUCUCCUGGGUAUCCUGGCUUUGCUGGGCUAUCUCACCAUUCGCCCAUUCCUGCCCAAGAAGAAGAAGCAGAGAGACAGCCUGAUCAACCUGAAGAUCCAGAAAGAGAACCCAAAAGUGGUCAAUGAGAUUGACAUCGAGGACCUGAACAGCACAAAUGUGUGUUACUGUCGCUGCUGGCGCUCCAAAACUUUUCCUGUUUGUGACAAGUCACACUUAAAGCACAAUGAGCUAACUGGAGACAACGUUGGACCGCUCAUACUCAAAAAGAAGAUACUAUAAUUGGCCACUGAUGGGAGUUUCCCUCUCACCUCCCCAGUCUUUGGUUUUCAUUUCUUAACAGCUUGUUGUUUGUCUGUUUUUUUUGUCAUGAUCUCGCCUUAGUGUCAUUUUGAUGUUUCUCAGAAAUGUAGACCAUCAGAGUCUUCACUUGAAGUGGUCCUAAUACUCCUAAAAAAUACAGAAUUCCAUAUUCUGUGUGAAAACUGCAUUUUAGGUUUUUUACAUGCAGUUACGAAGCUUUUUCUUAUAUUUUAUGUGCUUUUGUUUUUUGUUUACUUUUGUGUAACAGAGCAGCCUUUUUAUGACCGUAAUUAAAGUUUAUCACAUGUCAGUCUUUUUUGGAAUAAAUCACACAUCAUUGGGACCACUUUGAGAGGAAAACUUGAAACAUAAAUGCAGUGACUUUAUAAUGACUUUAAAUAAUCUGAACCCAUCAGGGUCAAAGUUAUUUCCCAGUCAAAUGGUUGUUUAAAUGAAAAACGUAAUACCAGUCCAACCAGAUAUCAACACUUUGUACUGUAUGCCUCAUUUUGGACAAUUCUUUGGUGUUUUUUAAGAACCAACCUUUUGUCUGUGUGCCAAAUAUAAAAUACUGUUCACUCUUUCAAGAUGUGAUAUAUUGUCUUAUAAGUUAUUGUUUGUGUGUAAGGCUACUUGUUAUUCUUCAAAUGUAUUUUGUUCAUAGCCUUUAAACACUUGAGUUUUACAUUUUGUAUUCAGCUGUGAUGCCUUUCAAACAUUUCAAACCACUGCAUUUGCGUAAUAAUAUCCAGUUAUACACUUAACCUCACUACCGUGUUGAGGUUUCAGAAGCAACUUCUGCAGCACAAGAACUGUGCUGUAUUCUGCUUUUUUCUAGCUUCUGGUUUGUCAUAAUGGCUGUAUAUAGUUGACCUCCUGCUGGAAUAUUCCUUAAUCAGCAAGAUUUUAUACACAAAUGGCUUGUAUUGUCACAUCUGUAGUUCCACGAUGAUGCUGAUGAAUGGCUGUGUAUAUGAACCUUUGUAAGAUGAUGGCUUGAAUUGAUUCAUUCUGUGUGCAAUUUGUAAAAUGUAAAAAAAAAAAGAAUAGUCAGGAUGUUAAACUCAACAGUUUUUGGCAAACAGAACUGUAGCUUCAUUCCCUUCUUUCACUAUAACUGGGAAACACUCCGUGUCACCUUGAGCUUUUAGAAAUGAAUGAUGAGGUAACUGAGUACAUAACUUUCUAAUCAUCUGCCACUCAUUUGUUAUUCAUACGAGUGCAUUUUUUGGCACUUCUGUCAAUACAGCCUCUAAAAGGGAAGAAAAUGAAACCAAUGGCAUCAAGUGUCCUCAUGCUCAUGCAAUGCAACAAGACUUAAGUCGCUGGUGAAUAUGAGGCUGCAGAGUGAUCCUCUAUGCUAAAUGCUAACUUUAGCAUUCUAACAAACUGAUGUUUAGCAGGUAAAACAUUUAUCCUACUAGGACUAAUAGUAAAGUUUACUCUGUACUGCCUUUCUGCUGUAGCACUGAACUGAACUCAAAAGGCACCAAUAAAAAAGUGAGUUACAUUUAAA